AUGGUGACGGAGCCCAGCCCAGGGAUCCCUCAAUACCUGUCCGUGGGAUAUGUGGACGGGAUCCCCUUUGGGCGCUACGACAGCGAGCGGGGCCAGACAGAGCUGCAGACGCCGUGGAUGGCGGCCGGAGCUGAGCCAGGAUAUUGGGAUAGAGAGACCAAGAUCAAUGAGAGGAACCAGCUCAUUGCUACCACCGACCUGGAGACAGCGCGGGGCCUGUACAACUGGAGUGGGAGUCUCCACACGGUGCAGCGAGUUUGUGGCUGUGACCUCCUGUCUGAUGGGAGCGUCCGUGGAUCCUUUCGGCAAGGCUACGACGGGCAGGAUUUCAUCUCCUUCGAGCUGGGAUCCGGGAGCUUCGUGGCGGCCGAUGGAGCUGCCCAGAUCACCAAGAGGAAAUGGGAACACGAUGGGAUCGUGGCAGAGAGACAGACACAUUACCUGAAGAACAUCUGUCCAGAAUGGCUCAGGAAAUAUGUUGGAUAUGGGCGGGAGGCGCUGGAGCGCAAAGAGCCCCCCGAUGUCCAUGUGUCCGGGAAAGAGGAACACGGGAUCCUGACGUUGUCCUGCCACACGUACGGAUUCUACCCCGGGAUGAUCGGGAUCAACUGGCUGAAGGGGGAUGAACUGCGGGAUCAGGAGACGGAGUGGGGUGGGAUCGUUCCCAACAGCGACGGCACCUUCCACAGCUGGGCCAGGAUCGAGGCGCUGCCGGGGGAGCGGGAGCAGUACCGGUGCCGGGUGGAGCACACCGGAAUGCCGGAGCCCGGGAUCUUCGCCUGGGAACCGGAAUCCGUCUGGAAUUCCAGCCCGGUGUUGGUGGUUGUGUCCGUCAUCGCUGCCAUCAUCAUCAUCAUCGGCCUCCUGGGAGUCGGUGUCUGGAAGCUCCGAUCCGGGAAGAGGGAGGGGAAUGGAUACGAUCCCGUGCCCACCAGAAUCAUGGCCUGAACAGUCUUGGAGCUGGAUCCACCCCUUCCCUCUCCCUGCAGAAAGGCAGGAGCUGCUGGCAGAGCUCAUCCCACUGCUCCCACCCACCCCGACC